AUGGUGAAGAAAUCAAAAAUUAAAGCAAAAGGGUCGGCUGUCGAAGCGAAGCCGAACCCUUUUGACUUGAAGUUUAACCGACAGAAGCAUAAAAUCUUGGGCAGAAAGAAGGAUCUUCCCGGUCAACCCGUUUUAAAGAAGAAAACGGGCAUCGAGAAUCGCAAAAAGACGUUGGCCGUUGAAGUUGCUAAUGUUUUCAAAAAGAAUAAGAUUAUCGAUAAACGAUUGGGUGAGAAAAAGGCUGGGCUCAGUGCUGAUGAAAAAGCUUCAAAGCGUUUUGUUGCUUUAAGAAAGACGCCAAAAAGCAACAAAUUCAACUUAUCCGAUGAAAAUGAACGCCUCACACUUACGCACAAAGGCCAAGCUUUGACAAUGAUUGAAAAGUUUGAUCGAAUGGAAGAAUCAGAAUCAGAGGGAGAAGAGGGAGCGCUAAGUGCUGAGAUUGUUGCGAGGGCUCACUUUGGAGGUGGCGGUUUAGAGCAAGACGAUGAGAAUAAUGAACAACCAAAACAGAGGAAGAAUAGAGCUGAUAUCAUCAAAGAAAUGAUUGCCAAGUCAAAGUUGGAGAAGAGUGCGCGACAAACAGAGAAGGACAUGAUUUUGGACACUGUUGAUCGACUGGAUGAUAAUUUCAAAAACUUGGUGCAAAAAAUGUCGGCAAGCAAGCGAGAUAAUACUCAGAAGGCACCGAAAAAAGAAAUGGCCGCGUAUGAUAAGACGAUGCUCGAACUGAAGUUGAGUACUGAAGCCAAGGCGACACCAGUCGAUAAGAUGAAACAUGGAGCUCUUUCACCAACUCGAGAAGAAGUUGAUUGCAUUAAGGAGGAUGUGGAACGUAGGAAACGACUUGAAGUUGCGCGAAAGAAUUCACAGGCAAAUGCCGAGGUUUUGCACAUUGAAGACUUGGCUCCUAAAAAAGUGAAACACGGGAUGAAAGUUCGCUUCGAUUCGGAGGGUGAUGUAGCUGGCGAAAUGGACGAUACUUGGAUAGAUAUUGAAGAUAUUGUGGACGACCCAACGGAAGAUUCAAAGGAACAAUUUUUCAUUUCAAUGCCGAAGAAAUACGAGGAGUUUGUUCAACUUCUAUCCAAGCAACAGAUUACAGACAUCCCUGAUUGUUUGAAAAGAAUAGCAAAAUCUAAUCAUCCAUCGUUAAAAGAAGGAAACAAGAACAUCAUCGCUCGCUUGACACUGUUCACUUUGAGGUAUUAUACCGACAUAUCAAAAGGCGCGCCGACGACAGAAAAUGUGCAUUUAUUGGGACAACUGAUCAAAAUCAUCUAUCAUUUGAUUAACUUUGACGCUGAACACGGUGUUCGCUGUAUUCGAGCGCUGUUGGAGCGACUGGGGAAACGCUUUGAGAAAAAUAACGAAAUAACUUUCAUGUUAAUCUCUACGUUAAGAUUGGUGUUUAACGUCUUCCCAAUCACCUCGGAUUUCCAUCCAGUCUCAUCACCUGCCAUAAGUAUUGCUUCGGCUGCAAUUUCAAGUGGGCAUGUGAAAAAUCGAAUGGAGCUCGGCCGCCAUAUAUUAUUGUGUCACAUUAUUCUGGAUUAUGUGAAAGAAACAAAGAAAUUUUUCCCGGAAUUGUUGGCUUUUAUAAGCUCUGUCAUUCAACAAGCCAUCUCUGAUGAAAAUCUCCAAACGAGAAGACCGAUCACUGAGCUAUUUGACGACAAAACGGAACUGUUGAUGAUCGAUGAGGACCUUAGGAGCUCAACCUUGAAGCCGCUGUCACUGAGUGAAGUUUUUUGCACAGAUGCUUCACCUCGACAAGAAACACCACUUUUUGCGGCCAGAUUACUCGCCUCGUUAUUAUCUGUUAUUCAACAAGUGUCUCUAAUGUAUGCCGCUCAAUAUUCGCAUGUUUAUUCGUCAAUUUUCAAGCCAAUCUGUGAAGUGAUUGAACUUGUUUCGCUGGAAAGUUUUCCGACUUCUUUAUGUGAACAAACGACGUCUCUUUUGACACAUCUGAAGGCCGAGUGUGAACGAACAGGACCUCGAUCGCAAAUGACAACCAAGCAAGCUGAAGUCAAGAUGCUUAAAAUGCUUGAGCCGCGCAUCGACGAGAAUUUCAACCCGGAACAGAAGCAUGCUGUUAGAGAAGGAUAUAAACAAGGAAAACGGGGUGAAACCAAGAAACUUCAAUAUCAACUCAAACAGGAACGAAAGGGAGCGUUGAAAGAGUUGCGAAAGGAUACACAAUUUAUUGCAAAGAGACAAUUUGAGAGCCAAAAGCAAUUGGAUUUGGGUAGAAAGAAGAAGGUGAAAGAAAUUAUGAGUGGGUUGCAAGGACAACAAAGCGAACAUGUAAUGGCCAACUAUGAACCGAUGCCAUUUGUGCGCAAGUUUGGAGAAGGGGCGGGAGUCGAACCCUCGUCGACAUCGAAAGCAACGAUUGAUUCGGGAUUUGUAGAUGCCUCCGGUACUGCAAUAAUGAAGACCCCAGUAACAGGUGCUUGUCGAAAGUGUGGAUUUGCUGGUCAUCUUCCUUAUCAAUGCAUGAACUAUAUCCAAGUGAAAAAAGAUCAAAAAGCAAUGCUUGACAUCAGCUCAACGACAAGUGAGUCCGAGGAGGAAGCGAGUGUCAUGAGGAAAAAAAAGGAGAAGCUGAAGAAGAAAAAGGAAAAGAAGAAGAAAGAAAAGGUAAAGAAAGAAAAGACGAAGAGGAGAAGACGAUCAUCCAGCAGUUCAUCAGAUUCUGAAGAAGAGAGACGCAAGAAGAAAAGAAAACGGAAACACUCAACCUCAAGUUCAUCAAGCGGUUCUGAGGAUGAACGACGAUCGAAAAAGAAGAGGAAAGAAAAGAAAAAGAAGAAA